UUUCUGAAAAAAAGAAACAUUUCUAAGCAGACAAAAGAGCCAGAAAAUCAGUGAUGGAGUUGUACGAGAAGCAGCGGGAAGAAUGGUAUUCUCGGCCAACCCUUUAGCUCUGAGCGUUCCCGAGCCGGCCUUCGAGUCGUGGCUCCGCGACGGCGGCUACCUCGAAAUCCUCGACCAACGCACCUCCGACCUCCACUGCCACGCUCCCACCUCCGCUAGCACCACUUCAGCCACCACCUCUGCCGCCGCCACCGCCACCGAGGCCGUCUUCAAUGGCUUUUUUGCACCGGCGUUUUCGUAUAUUUGGACUUUACUCUCUUUGAUCACUCUCAACCCAUUUGCGAAGCUCACCGCUGAGGAUUUCUCUUGCGAAACGCCGUCGUGGACCGUUGGUUUUAUUGGGUUCUUCGACUCUUACUCGAUCCCUUCGUCGCCGUCACAGGCUCGCCUGAGGGUGCACGAGAAUGUCAAGCGCUAUGCUCGGAACUAUGCGUCGCUCUUCAUCUUGUUCUUCGCUUGUGCUCUGUAUCAGAUGCCUCUAGCCCUUGUUGGGCUGCUAUCAGGUUUGGCUCUGUGGGAUGCUUUCAGGCUAUGCAGUGAUCGAUGGGGCUUGCAUCAAUAUCCUGCAGUUCGGCAGAGCUUGAUUCGCAUUAUCCAAUGUGCCACGAUUAUUAUUCUGUUCUUUUCCAACGUUCAGGUGGCUCUCUUCUGUGCACUUGGUGUUAGUUAUGCAGGUGACUAUUGGGUUUUCAUGUUUAUUGGUGUGUUAAAUCCCCUUAUUCUGUCAGCUGCCUUUAUUUUCUAUGCUUUUGUAGUUAUGCUUUCGCAUGCCGCAUUUCGGAAGCUGACUCCUACAAAGCAACCUACUUGUGGGAGAUCAAAAUAGGAGGUUCAAGAAGCUGAGAUUUACUUGGUUCAGGAUUUGGUUUCUAUGAAUUUUGCACAAGCAGAUCAAUAGUAUUUCUCUUAAUAGUGCUCAUCUUGUAGAUACAAAUGGAGGAUUCCUGUUCCGUCUGUUACAUUUUCCUUUUGUGCGGGCCGUGUAAAUGAAAAAUAUUACAUUUCCUUCAAGUUCUAGGUUAGAGCUUUUUGUGUCUAGCUAGACCUCAUGAUGCUAAAUUGGGAAGAUCAGUUAAUUGCUUGGCAGUCGUUUUAGUGUGUACAAGGAUUCUUGUUGUCAUGUUAAUAUUUUCUUUUUCGUA